CGUGUCAAGUCAACCACUGUCGACUUAUUAAUUUGUUAUAAUAUGAGUAAAAAAAACAUAGGGUUGUAAAAGGGAAAUAUCUUCGCUUGAAUUUGAGGUUGUAAUUUAGGCAGGAAUUCUCUUGAAUUUAGCGAGUUUUUGCGGCGUGAUUGGGCAGGAUUUUGCGAGCUGGCAACCCUGGAAACAGUCUGGACAGCUAAGAUGGCGGAAGAGCAGCAGGAAUCAUCACAGAAAGAGAUGGAGGGAGUGAACUGCCUCGCGUAUGACGAGGCCAUCAUUGCACAGCAGGAUAGAAUUCAACAGGAGAUAGCCAACAGUAACCCGUUAGUGUCGGAAAGAAAGGAACUGACCGUGCUGCAGAGGGAGUACUCUGAGGAUGACACGGUUUAUCAGCUUAAGAUCAAGGACUUGUACAAAAAAUACUCAUACAUCCGUAAGACCAGACCGGACGGAAAUUGUUUCUACAGAGCCUUUGGCUUUGCGCAUCUCGAGUCUCUACUAGAUGACAGCAAAGAACUGCAAAAGUUCAAAGCCGUGGCCGCUAAAAGCAAACUGGAUCUGGUGAAUGAGGGAUUCACCGAGUUCACCAUCGAAGACUUCCAUCACACUUUCAUGGACCUGAUCGACCUGUGUGAAAAGCAGCACAGCUUGAAGGAGCUGCUGAGAUCCUUCAACGACCAGAACGUGUCGGACUACGUGGUGGUGUAUUUGCGACUGCUCACCUCGGGCUACCUGCAGCGGAAUCACGGUUUCUUUGAGCACUUCAUCGAGGGAGGGCGCUCCGUCAAGGAGUUUUGUCAGCAGGAGGUGGAGCCCAUGUCCAGGGAAAGCGACCACAUUCACAUCAUCGCCUUAGCCCAGGCCCUGAACUUAUCCAUCCAUGUGGAGUACAUGGAUAGAGGAGAGGGAGGAACUGUCAAUCAUCACAUCUUCCCCGAAGGCGGCGACCCACGCAUCUUCCUUCUCUACAGACCGGGCCAUUACGACAUCCUGUACAAAUAGGGUUUCCACCUCCCUCCACUCCGUUCUGUAACUUCAACGGCUGCACGGGUGAUGCCGAACGUUUCCUCGGCACGCGAGUCGACGCCGCCGGGUUGCAAACAAUAUUAAAAGUUCAGUUCAUGGUUCCCCACUCCCACACAUACUCCCGAUGAUCACCAAAUAUCUAAAACAAAACAAUGUUUUGAGAAAAUAGAAGUGCAUUUAGAGUUGUACAGGUUUCUUUUGUGGUUGUAAUUGUUAGGAACUUGCUUUGUUGGAUUCUCUUCCUUUGUUACACUGCGUUUCAUUGAGUUUUAUUAAAAGGGAUUUACAUCUUA